AUCACAGCUAGAGGCAGGUCAAGUUACUGUAGUUCGGUUUCUUCUUCCUUGUUCUUUCCCUUCAGUCAUCUACCGGCCCGGGCGACCCAAAGCAAAGCAGACAGACAUAAUGUCCCAUCAAACGGGCAUACAAGCUGCGGAGGAAGUGAAAGACGUCUUUGCUAAGGCGAGGAACGGAGCCUAUCGCCUGCUGAAGGUCGUCAUUGAGAUGGAGACUCUGGUGCUGGGAGGCACCAAGCAUGUGUCUAAGAAGUGGGACCAGGAGUAUGAUGCCUAUGUGCUGCCUCUCCUACAGGAGGACAUGCCCUCCUAUCUCCUGUACAGGCUGGACUCUACUAACAACCAGGGAUAUGAGUGGAUCUUCCUGGCCUGGUCACCUGACCGCUCACCUGUUAGACAGAAGAUGUUAUAUGCUGCUACAAGAGCUACACUGAAGAAGGAGUUUGGGGGUGGACACAUUAAAGAUGAAAUAUUUGGCACAGUGGAGGAUGAUGUGUCGCUGAGUGGGUACAGGAAGUACCUGAUAGCACAGGCUGCUCCACAACCACUGACUGCUGCUGAGGAGGAGCUGAGGCAGAUCAAACUGAGUGAGGUACAGACAGACAUCAGUGUGGAUACUAAGCAACAGACUCUGACGGGCGUGGCCUUCCCUAUGCAGAGAGACGCCAUCCAGGCUCUGGAACAGUUCAGAGAGAAGAAGAUCAACUACGUACAGCUGGAGAUAGAUUUUAGGAAUGAGUGUAUCAAGCUGUCCAGCACCACUCCUACAGAACUGAAGGAUCUGCCCAAGAGGAUCCCCAAGGAUGCAGCCCGAUACCACUUCUUCCUGUACAAGCAUUCCCACGAGGGAGACUACCUCGAGUCUACAGUGUUCAUCUACUCCAUGCCGGGGUAUAAAUGUAGCAUCAGAGAGAGGAUGCUCUACUCCAGCUGUAAGAACCCUCUCAUCGAUACUGUGGAGAGCAACCAGCACAUCCAGAUAGCCAAAAAGCUGGAGAUUGAUAACGGUGAUGAGCUCACCGCAGAAUUCAUGUACGAAGAGGUCCACCCUAAGCAGCACGCACACAAGCAGGCCUUUCCCAAACCUAAAGGCCCCGCGGGGAAGAAAGGGGGGCGCCGGAUCACUAGACCACCAGGGGAUGGCGAAGAAGACUAAUAAAACACCCCUCCAUUUUAGUCCACAAUGGAACAUUCCACUUAGUAUAUAAGAACCCUUUAUCUGGUUGACUCCCAAAUGGCCCCCCUAUUCACUUUAUAGUGCACUACUGUUGACUAGGGCCUAUAGGGCUCUGGUUAAAAGGAGUGCACUAUAUAGGGGAUAGGGUUCCAUGUAGGACAUAGACCAUUGACAUGAAUCCCUCCUAAUGCCCUUUAACCUCAUAGACAACCAGCCUGUAGACUAUAUGAACUAUGCACACACAGACCACCACACUAAUAUAAGCCAUGACACUCAAACCUGUGAACUUACUUACAUUAGUAGCUUGUUAUUUAGACAGACAGUCGGUGCUGUGUUUUCAUGAUGAUGAGAGAGAGAGUGAACAUUUCCCUUUAGAGCUAUAAUAGCUAAUGUUUUUUAUUUCUCAUAUUAUUUGACAAUGUUUUUAAAAUAUAUGGUUCCUAAUCCUGGUUCUGGAGAGCUGGAUGUGUUUUUAAGAUAUAUGGUUCCCAAUCCUGGUUCUGUAGGUCCUGGAGAGCUAGAGGUCCUGGAGAGCUAGAGGUCCUGGAGAGCUAGAGGUUCUGGAGGUUCUGGAGAGCUAGAGGUUCUGGAGAGCUAGAGGUUCUGGAGGUCCUGGAGAGCUAGAGGUUCUGGAGGUGUGUGAGAGGAAAGACCUUUUUUCUAGUGAGCAUGUGAUACUGAUCUGAACACUUCAUCUUGUUAUUAGUGCUGAUUCAAUGCCGACAAUGUUGUAGCAGUUCUAUAAUGCCUUGUGUAAAGUCAAUCAAUAGAGAAUGUUGUUCCACAACCGCUAGCCCUUCAGGAUCAGAGUUGAGGACUGAGUUCUAUUCAUGUGACACUAAAUGGAGAAAACAGAGAGGGACCACCUAGACUUGUCCAAUAAGAAUAGCUUGUUUUCGCUUUCCGUUGAUAAAUGUUUGAAAACGUUUAGCUAUGGUGUGCCUAAUGAAUAGGACCAUGCUGAUGUAGAAGCUUGAUUUGGGAGAGAAGAGAGGCCAUGUGUGGGUCUGUGGAUGUUGUUAAGAAGCCUACAUUUUACUGUAUGCAUCUAAUUUGUACUACCACUACCAUGUCCAUAACAACUGUAUGAUUACAUGUCAGUCCAAAAUCUAGUUAGAGAUUUCUCUUUCCAUGUUCUUUUACUGAAGAAUGAAAAAUCCUAUAGAAAGUAUUUUUCUAGGUCUGUGAUGUACUGUAUGUGUGUGUGGUGUUCUGCGACUGAGAGGUCACAGCCUGAAUCAGUUGACUGUCAACCGUUAUCUGUUUGUCGGUCUGUGUGAGAGAGAGAGUGCCUGGGUGCGUCCGGAAUGGCACCCCAUUCCCUAUAUAGUGCACUACUUUUGACCAGGGCCCAUCAGAAAAGGCACCCUAUUCCCUAUAUAGUACACUACUUUUGACCAGAGCCCAUCAGAAUAGGAACCCUAUUCUCUAUAUAGUACACUACUUUUGACCAGAACCCAUCAGAAUAAGCACCCUAUUCCCUAUAUAGUGCACUACUUUUGACCCAGGUGCCAUUUCAGACGCAGACCUGUAUGUCAAUCAGGGUUGCUCGUUUGUGCAUUUCACAUCAGUGAUAUUAAUCCCACAUAAUAUGCAAUGCUUUUCAACCACAAUGCUGCAGGUCUUUCCUCACGUGACAGUGUGUGUACGCAUGUGAUGUUUAUUACAACCACAAUGAAGGGAAGGGACUGUGAUUCCCAGGUAAAAUGUCAUGGAGAAUCUGUCUACUGAUUCCAUGAAAAGGCAAACCACUAUGACAUGUUCAUGCUGUACUAGAUUACUAUGACAUUAUGUAAUUCUGAAGGAGUCCUAGUACCUUGAAACGAUCAUGUUAUGUAAUGUCUCAAAUGUGUUUUUUCUAUGAAUUAAAUUGUGUAAGGAAAUGAAAUAAAUAAAAAUAUUUAAAUUCCAUUCA